UGUACUAGAGUUGUCUGUUCGGGACAUUUAGUCAUAUUUUGCGUUGGGUUCAGAAGGGAAAGACAGAGCGCGUUUCGUAUUCUUUCUUUCCCAAGAUUCAGUUCGAAGAUUCAGAAUCAAGCUUAUGCGCAAUCCAGGAAUUGGAAACGACACGGUGCACGCGACGCAUUCUUGGGUGCUGUUGACGACUGAAUCGGGGCACUCUUUGUGACUUCAAAUCAUUCGGGACAUUGCGACAGGUCCGUGGAGAGUCCCUGUCCCGAAUCAAGAUGCUGGACGGAAUCAAAAUAGAAGAUCAGUUAAGAACAGGGCCAGACUCUCUGGGAGGGAUGUUUGGUUCAGAUUGUGCUCAUCAGAAUGUGUGUGAAGGAUGCCAGAGACCCAUUUCUGAUCGAUUCCUCCUGCGGGUGAACGAGUCUUCAUGGCACGAGGAGUGUUUGCAGUGCUCGGUGUGUCAGCAGCCUCUCACCACGAGCUGCUACUCCAGAGACCGGAAACUUUACUGUAAACACGACUACCAACAGUUGUUUGCCACCAAAUGCAGUGGCUGUCUCGAGAAGAUCGCUCCCACAGAGUUUGUGAUGCGUGCGCUGGAGAGUGUGUAUCAUCUGGGCUGUUUCUGCUGCUGUGUGUGUGAGCAGAAGCUGUGUAAAGGAGAUGAGUUUGUGCUGAAGGAGGGACAACUGCUGUGCAAGAACGACUAUGAGAAGGAAAAAGACUUGCUGCAUUCUCUCAGUCCAGACAUGUCUGAGUCCGAUAAAAGUGAGGAUGAAGAUCUGGAUGUGAAGCCAGAUAAAGGAUCAGGAGGUCAGGGAAAAGGCAGUGAUGAUGGUAAAGACCCCCGCAGACCCAAAAGACCUCGCACUAUUCUCACCACCCAGCAACGGAGAGCAUUCAAAGCUUCCUUUGAAGUCUCCUCUAAACCCUGCCGAAAGGUCAGGGAGACACUGGCUGCUGAGACUGGUCUGAGUGUAAGAGUCGUCCAAGUUUGGUUUCAGAACCAACGAGCAAAGAUGAAGAAGUUGGCACGUCGACAACAGCAACAACAAGAGCAGCAGACCUCACAGAGACUCGGACAAGGCAAGAGACUUCAAAACUCACACAUACAAGAUGUGAUCUCCAGCCGAAUGGAGAAUCUGAUGAACUCCUACACACCGUUGGCUCCACCUCCACAACAUCAGUUGGUCUCCAUGGACACAAACGGAUACAGCACAGACCCAUUCCAGCAGGGCCUCACUCCUCCACAGAUGCCCGGAGACCACAUGAAUCCAUACGGAAACGACUCGAUUUUCCACGACAUUGACAGCGACACGUCUCUUACCAGCUUGAGCGAUUGCUUGAUGGCUGCGGCGGAAGCCGGCUCCCUUCAGACUUGCAUCGGAAACCCCAUCGACCGGCUGUAUUCCAUGCAGAGCUCAUAUUUUGCCUCUUGAAACCAAAUCUAGACCAGGACUGCACACUCACGGAAACUUCUAAGCAGCCAAGCCCAGGCCUGCAACACCAGUCUCAUGUACGCCAACAAACCUCAGCUACAAGUCCAACUAGAGACUCAAUGUAGUAAGGACAAAAAAACAAAAAGACUUGUGAUGAAAACAAAACCAGAGCUUGGUUUUGCACUGUAGGAGCGCUCGAGUCGAACCAGGUUCAAAGCUGUGCUGGCCAAAUGCACGUGCUACACGGAACAUGUCUUCAUCUUGGUUUUGUAGGAAAAGAAAGAGUGGACAUGGACACUUAAACAAAUACUUUCAGUGGAGGCACAGUACUUUUACAGUAAAUAGUCCAAUGGAUUCUCUUGCAAAAAUUUUCAUUUCAAGAUUAAGAUUUUGUGCUGUGUGCAAACACUACAAUUUGUUUUUUCCAACAACAGCUGACAAAAAUGUCUUCGAGGACAAAAUGAAAAAAUAUGGACAUGAAUGUAGAACUAAAAUAACAGACGAUGUCAAGCCGAAACAGCUGUGUGUUUGUAAAGAUGACUAGCUAUUUAUUACGUAUAUGUGCCAAGUUAACCUACAGAACUUUAUUUAAAACACAUUGUGUUAUAGUGAGUAUCUUAAACCUCUUCAUGUGCAUCCAUGGAAAAAGAAAGUGUAGUAUUACUGUAGAUGUUUAUUUCACUGUGCUAUUUAUUUGUCAUUUGCAUUCUUGGACAUUGUAGAGGAUGCAGUUUUAUGGCCAAAUUUGCUGAGAUUACCAAAGUUUGGUGUUACUAAAAAUAAAGAAAUGA